AUGAUUCAACAACAUCCCACCACCUCUUUGAACGGACUUGCGAGCGGGCUCGUCCCCUUGAAAGCCGCCGACGGCAGCAACUCGCUCACCGUUGUCGACAACAGAACCGGUCAGACCUACACAGUCCCCAUCUGGCACAACUCGGUCAAUGCGGCCGAGUUCAAGCAGAUCAAGACGCCCGAGGAUCCCGACAACCUCGCCGACCAGAACAACCAGGGGUUACGCAUCUUCGACCCUGGAUAUGGCAACACCACCGUGGCCGAGAGCACCAUCACUUUCAUUGACGGCCUGAAGGGUAUGAUUCAGUACCGCGGCUACGACAUCAAGGACAUUGUCAAAAGCGAUAAGCGAGUUAUCGACGUGUGCCACCUCCUGUGGCGGGGUGCCUGGCCCACCAAGGAACAGGCGCAAAAGUUCCAGCAGGAGCUGAACAACGUGCCCGUCAUCAACGACACCGUGCUCGGUGCCAUCCGGGCAAUUCCCAAAGAUGGCUCGCCCGUCGGCAUGAUCAUCAGCGGCCUGAUGGCGCUGCAGUCGCAAGACAUGGACCUCGUGCCCGCCCAUGCCGCCGCCACCAUCUACCACAACGACCCGGCCCUCGUCGACACGCAGCUCGUGCGCAUCUUCUCCAGCCUCGUCCAGAUCACCGCGGCGGCGUACUGCCACGCCACGAGCCGCGCCUUCACACCGCCCCGCGCCGACUUCUCGACCAUCGAGAACUUCUUCCUCAUGACGGGCCACAUCGAGGCGCACACGGGCCUGCCCAACCCGCGCUACGUGCGCUACUUCGAGACGCUCUGGACCCUGCUGGCAGACCACGAGAUGACGUGCUCGACGGCGGCCAUGCUGCAAACCGCCUCGGCCAUGCCCGACGCCAUCUCGGCCCUGGUGUCGGCCAUCUCGGCCUUCUACGGCCCGCUGCACGGCGGCGCCAUCGAGGUCGCCUACCGCCACAUCCGCGAGCUGGGCGGCGUCGAGAACAUCCCGGCCAAGAUGGCCCGCGUGCACGCGCGCGAGGAGCGCCUGUACGGCUACGGCCACCGCGUCUACCGCGUGCCCGACCCGCGCUACAAGCCCAUCCAGGACAUCCUGUUCGAGCUCAAGUCCGAGGUCGACGCCGACCCGCUGCUCAAGGUCGCCCUCGAGCUCGACCGCGUCGCCCGCCACGACGACUACUUCAUCAAGCGCAAGCUCAACCCCAACGCCGACCUCUACGCCACUCUGGCGUACAAUGCCAUGGGCUUCGCUCCGGACUGGAUUCUGCCCAUCACCAUCAUCGCCAGAAGUCAGGGCCUUCUUGCCCACUUCAAAGAGGCUAUGCUGCAACCCCAGCGUAUCUGGCGUCCUGGCCAGGUGUACACUGGCCCGUUGAACAAGAAGCUUGAUGAGUAA